CCGUCCACACUUAAAGCACAGUUAAUGCACUAAAACAGAACAACGCAGAGAGACAAGAAUUAGCUAUGAAACUAAACCAAGCAACUGCAUCAUCCUCGGCGAGAUCAAGCACCACCACGGCCACCAUGGAAGAGAGAGAUAGCUGUUACUACCCCGGUUGCAGAAAAGACGCCAACUGCAAUUGUGAUAUUUGCUUAGCAAGCAUCAACGCCACCCUUGACCUCAUGUCAGUUAACAGAUCUUCUCUCGCUAAGUUUUCUUCAUCACGCCCCAACAUUGAACGUACUCCUCUGUCUUUCAGUCCUUCAAUCUUGUCCACACCCAUAUCAAAUUCUUGUCCCAGAAUGGAGUCUCCACUCCUCAAAUCGACAGCAAAAUUGAAUUUGAGCGACAUUAGGGAUAAGAAGAAGAGGAACUGGGGUUAUGUAGGUGCUUUCUCGAGGUUGGUUCUGGGAUUGAGCUUGCUUUUUAUAGCCGAAACUGGAUUUUCUCGCGGACUUUGUGGGGUUUUAAGGCCUGCAUUAUCUCCUGAUAUAGUAAGAAAAAUUGGUGCGAGAUCUCGAUUUGUGCAAGAUUUGACUGGGAGUUUACGAUUCAUGGAGAAUGAGUUAAAGCGUUUUGUUGCUGAUGGGAAGGUUUCAAACUGCAGCCAUAUGCAUUCAAUAUGGAAAAUGGAUCAGGAUGGUGUGCUCCUGAAUUCGCGGUGUGAAUUGUACAAAUCAGCAGUAGAGGAGGUGAGUAUAUGGGGCUGGCCUUUGCAGACUGCAGGAUUGCUGAAAACAGGGUUUUCUACGAGGUACUUUUCUCUGUUAUCAGGCAGAUUUACAGAGUGGUCAGAUGGGAUGAUAGGAUACUCAACCAGAAAAGGCAACACUUCUUGGGUUCAGAGGAAAUGGGGUGCCUCAGUUGUCCAAUUAGAUCCUGGUACAUGGAUCCUGGAGUAUAGGAGGAGCUCCUUACUUGAUUGCUCAAGACUGUCUUCAUCAGCAGCAGAGCUCUUCAAGUACCAAAUGUCAAAAAUGAUUAGAAGGAUGAAUCAAGAGUUCUGGUUGUUAUCUGCUUUGAAAGACAGAUUUGAUGAAAAUAUUAUGGGACACCAUAUCAAGAUCCCAACUUAGAAGAACAGAUUGAUAGCAAAUCCAGUGCCUUAGUAUCAUUCAUUAAUUUUCAGUUCUCAUUCCUUGUGAGGAGUUCCCCUUCCCCUCCCCCUACCUUAAAAUUCCUUAUUAUUUUUUGUCACGAAAACCUUGAGUCAUCAUUUUAUUCUAUGCAGAUCCAGCAAAAUGCUGAAAGGUGACAAAUGUCUCCAUGUGCCAUGUUCUUAUGUUCUAAUAAGAAACUGUACACGACUAAUUGUUGAAUUAAUGUACUUUUUGCAAUAUCAAUCCAUGGUUCUAUUUUUUUGUUGGCAA